AUGGAUGCUGGUGUGGUGAGGGCCUUAGAAGCGUUGAGGGAUGACCAGCAAGCUGGCAUCCAGAACAAAGCAAGGCGAAUGCUGGCCUUGCUCAAGACCCAUCAGCUGGUCUAUGAGCAGGAGAUCCACACCAACAUGCUGAGUGUGCAUCCAGAUAAUCGCUCUGGACUGCUGGUCAACUGUGCUGAUGUGCACAGUAGGGGGGCCCAAGCUCUGAGAGUGGGCUGGUCCCCAGAAAAGCUGGGUGAGUCCUGGCGCAUAGAACUGAGCACUGCCAAGAAGCAAGCACAGCUUAAGGCCAUGGAAGUGCUGGUUGGAGCAAGUGAUGGAAAACUUGCACCACUGACUGGCAAAGAACGGUGGCUCACACUGAGCUCUAGCCACAUGAGCCAGUUUGUGAAAGCAGUGAAUGCUGGCUGCAAGUCAGAAGAAGAAGCUUUGGGGGAUGUGCUGUCUGCAGAGCACCUGAUGCAGCAGUACCAGGACCCAGCAUUUGAAAGUGCACUCAACAAAGGCUGGGUGUGGAAAUGCUUGGCAGCCACAGUGGAAGAAAGUGUGGCCUGGUUUCCUGCCUUCUUGCAAGCAGCCUUGAACUCUUCCAACCACAUUGCUGGGCAAGUGACUGAGUUGGAGCUUGCAAUGUCAAUGGCCCUUGCCUACUCCCGCACUGGAAUGUUGGAGCAAGCAAUACAGGAUUGCAAAUCCUAUUCCCCCUUGAGCUACAUGGAAACCAUAGGCCAUUUUGUGGCAAACCAUGGGGGUGGGUCAGAUUUCCCCAUCAUCAAAGUGCUGGCAGCCAUUGAGAGCACUUUUGGAGGCUCAAUGAUGCUGGGGGAAGAGCUUUUCACUGCCAUUGUGAAGACUGACUUGGGCAACCAUGAAUCUUCUUGUCCUUUAGUGAGGGCUUGUUUGCUGGCUGCAGCAGUCUCAAGCCCAAAGGUCAAGGAUGGCUUCUCCAGACUGCUGGUGAAGUCAGAUGUUGACAGGCUGAAGUCUUCCAACAACAAGGAGGAUGUGCUGGCCACUGAAAAGCUGUCUGGGAUGCUGGUUGAGCAACUCCAGAAGAAAAGUGCUGGCCUUCUCCACCAAGAUCAUGUGAAGUUGCUGGGUCGAUUCCUCAUUAGGUGUGCUCUCUGGUUGACCAAGAAGGAAGGAAAGGGAAGAGAGCCCAAGACCUAUGGAAGUUUGAUGGAUAUCCAGGAAGCCUUCGACUCUGAGCUAGACAUGCUGGAGAAAACUGGCAAAAUUGCCAGUGUUGGUGCAGAUGAGGAUGCUGAUGAGGAGGACAGCAAUGAUCCCCAGACCUUGGCUGCAGUGCAAUUUUUCUGGCUGAAAAAGGGUGCCUUGUACCAGAAGAAGGACUGGUUCUACAUCUUUGACAGGUUCACACCAAAUGGAAGUAUAUUCUAUGAGUUGGAUGUGGCUGGCAAUAAGACUGCCAUGGAGUUUGAAUUCAAAGCUUUGAGGAACUUCAGGGCAUCUGACAAAAAGGCCCCUUGUGUGCUGGAGAAGGAUGUGGUUGAGAAACUGCAAAUGGAAAACUCCACUUAUUGGGCCAAUGAGCUGGAAAAGGCACAGGUACAGGCUGCAGUGCUGCUCAACUGCAAAGAGAAAGGCAAAUUGGACAUCAGCCAGCUGGCCUUCACCAACACCCACAAAGUGCUGGCUGCCAAGCCCAUCAAGAAAAGUGCCUUGAAGAUUUUUCCUUAUGGGGGCAUUUCCUUGGUCAAGGCAGACAAAGUAGACAAAAUUGAUCCAAAAUCAUUGGUGACCAUCCAGGGGUCUGAGAACAAGUACCAGAUUGUUGCUCCCAGGGUGGAUUUGAAAAAAGAAAGUGGCUCUUUGCCUGUCUUCUUUUGGAUUGGCUCCACUGAAGAUGAAGAGGAGGCGACCAUGGAGCUGCAGGAGUCCAAGAUUGAUGGCUGGCUGACAAUUUCCUAUUUCAAGCCCAAGUAUGAACUUAAGCCAGGCCAACAGCUGCUGUAUUGUAAGCCUUCUCAAACUGAGGAGCCAAAGCGCAAGAAGGCUAAGAAGGGUUGA